AUGAUGACUCAAGCUAAAGAAGAACAGUGUCCAAUAUGUAGCAAAUUAUUUGCUGUAUCACAACUUUACGAACACGUGAAUUCAUGUUUAGACAACCAAGAAAGUAAAGCAUCACCCAGUAGAGAGACAUCAGAAGAGACGAACGGGAAAGCAGAAACACCGGUACCGAAGAAGCGAAACGCACUCAGUGCUUUAGGAUUGAAAGCAGAUACGUCCUCACUGUCACAAAAAAAGUUGAAGAAAAGUGACGCCAAAAAGCCAAGCUUGACAAGUAAACUCAUUGAGCAGAAACGAUUGCAAGCUGAAAUCAGAAGAAGAGAUAAGGAGAUUCCAUUGGAAGAACAAUUCAAAGCCAUAGCAGAGGAUGCUAUGACGCAACUUAGAACUCAAGAAAAACCACUCGCAAAUGGCAUUGAGGAAACAAAACUGCAGAAGGAAUCAAAAUUCUUAAAAAAGGCAAAAGAGAUUAAUGAACUAAAACGACAAGCAUCUAUUCCUCUAGCUCAUAGGCUUCGGCCAAAAUCUUUAGAUGAUUUUUUUGGUCAAGAGAAAUUAGUGGGGAAAAAUGGUGCCUUGAGGAAUAUUAUUCAAGCUGACAUAAUUCCUUCGUUUUUGCUUUGGGGAGUUCCAGGAAUUGGGAAAACUUCGUUAGCCAGAAUAAUUGCUAAAACAACCAGUUGCAAGUUUGUUGAAUUGUCAGGUAUUGAUAGUAAUGCAAAAAGAUUGAAGGAAGUUUUCGUUCAAGCAGAGAAUCAUAAAAACUUGAGUGGACAAAGAACGAUUUUGUUUCUUGAUGAAAUACACCGAUUCAACAAGGCAGUGCAGGAUUUACUAUUACCCGUCAUCGAGAAGGGGACAUUGACCGUAAUUGGAGCCACGACAGAAAAUCCAUCAUUUAAUUUGAACAAUGCAUUGUUGUCAAGGAUGCACACGUUUGUCAUGGAACCAUUGAACGUCGAUUCGUUAAUCAAGAUUUUAACAAGAGCUCUUUUUGAAGUCAAUAGAGUACGGAAAAAUUUAUACGGGCUACAUUAUAUUUCACUACAAAAGGAUGCAUAUCAUUACAUUGCUGAGUUGUGUAUGGGAGACUCACGUGUUGCAUUAAAUAUACUUGAAACUAUAAAUGCCUAUUUAUCAGCUGAAAAAUUCAAAAAUACUGAUAGUACGGACGACGAGCAGACAAAGAAACAGGGUGUUAUCAAAGUCUCGGCUGAUCUCUUGAAACCAUUGAUGAAGUCCAGAGAUUUCCAUCAGUUUUAUGACCGAAAUGGCGAUUCUCAUUACGAUAUAAUAAGUGCGUUCCAUAAAUCAGUUCGUGGUUCAGACCCAAAUGCAGCAAUGUUCUAUUUAGUGAAGAUGCUAUCUGGAGGAGAAGAUCCGUUGUUCAUAAUGAGAAGAAUGAUCGUGAUUGCAAGCGAGGAUAUAGGACUUCGCGAUAGUUCUUGUUUGCCAUUUGUUAUUGCUGCAAAAGAAGCUUUGGAAUUUGUAGGUAUGCCCGAAGGAGAGAUCAUUUUAGCCCAUUGUGCCAACAAGCUAGCAUUGGCCCCAAAGUCUACAAAGUCAUAUCGUGCUUUAAGAACCGCUCAAAGUAUAAUUAAAGAAAACCCGGAUUUAACAAAACUACCUGUUCCUUUACACUUACGGAAUGCCCCGACUAAAUUAAUGAAAGAUCUUGGUUAUGGAGACAAGUACAAGUACAAUCCACAAUAUGAGAACGGUAAAGUUCAUCAAGGAUAUUUCCCUGACGGAAUGGACCCAUUAAAGUUAUUGGAGGAUACCCAUUUAGGCAAAGAAAGAGAUCUUUCAGUGUCAGAUGACCAAUAUGAGAGUGCAAAAUUAGCAGUAGAGGAUUAUGAGAAAUUCAAGAAGUCUUACAGGAAGCAAUUCUUCAAUGGUCAUGCCACUGAUUUUGAAGAUAGCGAUGAAAAUGAUAGUAGUCAUAAUGGAGAGUACGCUGAUAAUUUUGAAAAAUCUUUUGAUGAGAAUCUAGCACCCGAACUUCAAAAGGAGUAUUAUGGCGACGAUAUAUCAUAA